UUAUCGAUCGUUAUAUAUUCAUCAUAAAAUGGGGAACGGUUUCUCCAAUAUUGCAGCAUUCCAGUCCUUGCACAUCGUGAUGCUUGGCUUGGAUUCAGCUGGGAAAACAACAGUACUGUAUCGGUUGAAGUUUAAUGAAUUUGUCAACACCGUUCCAACCAUCGGCUUCAACACGGAGAAGAUCAAACUCAGCAAUGGCACGGCCAAAGGAAUCAGUUGUCACUUUUGGGACGUCGGCGGGCAGGAGAAGUUAAGACCACUUUGGAAAUCCUACAGCCGCUGCACAGAUGGUAUUAUUUAUGUGGUGGACUCGGUGGAUGUUGACCGGCUUGAGGAAGCCAAAACAGAACUGCAUAAAGUCACCAAAUUCGCGGAGAACCAAGGAACUCCUUUGUUGGUGAUCGCCAACAAGCAGGAUCUCCCCAAAUCCUUGACGGUCUCCGAGAUCGAGAAGCACCUGGCUCUCCACGAACUGAGUCCCUCCACCACGUACCACGUCCAGCCGGCCUGCGCCAUCAUUGGUGAGGGUCUCCAUGAAGGAAUGGACAAACUGUACGAGAUGAUCGUCAAACGAAGGAAAUCUCUCAAGCAGAAGAAGAAACGAUAAGACGGUUGGACAAUUGCAGAGACAUUGAAAGGGAUCGUUCACUUACAAACAACAAUUCUGUCCUCAUUUACUUACUUACCCUCAUGUUGUAUGAAGACUUUAUGGGAAUAGAUGGGUUUUGGACAUACAAUAAAAGUCAGUGGCGUCCAAAAUUAACAUUUGGACCCUAUUGACUUUUAUAGUAUGGACUAAAAAUGUAUGUAUGGACUUUAUUUUGUGUGCAUUUGUAUUCUGCCGAAGAGCGUAUGUUUGUUGCGCAUGAUGUGAGACUGAUUGAGGAUGACAUAAGUGUUGUUUUUUUGGAGAGGUGAAGUCAGUGUUGCCCUUAAAGAUAGGAUGAGUUUUGCAAUUGCUAACUUGUUAAGACAUUUGAAAAGAUUGUUCACCAAAAAAUUACAAUUUUGUCUUUAUUUACUUACCCUUGCCCUCUUUAAAAGCUUUCUUUUUCUUUUUCGGGUUUGUUCAUUUUUAUGAACAAUAUAAACAUUUGGACCCUAUUGACUUUUAUUGUUCAAACACAAAAGUCAAAGACACUGUGGUUUACAUGUUUAGAAUGACAUGCGGCUGAUUUUAAAGAUGAUAGUGUUAUUUAUGGUUGAACUAAAUGUUGCCAUACUGCAAAAAAAAAAAAAAAAAA